AGGAGGCAUAUGGAACACGUUCCGUUUUGCCGCCAGAAGAACAGAAACCUUCCCUUGAACUCCGUUCCUCUCCAUUGAGGAAGGAACAAACGCCAGAUUCCCAGAGACACACUUAUUUCCUUCAUGUUGGGGAAUGCUUCACAAAACCACUUGAUGUUAAAUCCAUCUCUGAAUUGCUUGGGGUUAAUUCAGAUCUAAAAUGGCUUGAAUUAUUUCAAAAGCUGUAUAAAGUGGUCCUUAGACCUCAUUCAAUGAGAGUGCUCCAAUCAUUCAAAAUAUCUUAUCAAUUGAGAUGGCUUUUUCUGCCUUGACAAGAAUUGGUCUUCUUGUGUGUUCCUUCUCUUUCUUUUUUUCUUUCCAUCUUGGCCAUUGGACCGGCUAUGAAAGUGUAUGGCAAGACAUUUUGCCGGCGAGAGGGACUCGAAAAGCGGAGAGAGGAGACCUCACCGCAGCUCUUGAUUCUCUCCGAAAUUGGGGCUCCAAACAUGGUCCUAUUGCCAGUUCCAUCUCUUUAGUUGCGUUUGGUGAGUAGCUAACGAAGGGACGAAACCAGCGGCACACACAUGGUUUGGGUUCCUUUAAACGAUCCACGAGCCGCCGUGGCAGAAAUUAAGUGAGUGUAAGUGGUUUUUCAGUGGAACUAUUCAUUAAAGAGCUCCAAGUUCGUUCGCUCUUGGUGUGGUCACAAGUGUGUCGAAUUAGGAUGGUUGUGACUUCCAGACCGAGUCAAAGUAGUAAGCGCGAACUUGUAACAGAGAUAACUACAGUGUGGUGAUGAGAUUAGGAUCAAAAUGAAGCUUCUCGAUUUGUUGCUCUCGGUCCUUCUGCUCCUUCUCCUUCCCUCACUAAGGGCGGUGUCAAGUGAAGAAUCCGAUGAGAGUGAAAACGGCGACACUUUGCCAAGAUCUAAAGUGAUCCUGACCAAAUAUGGCCAAGUGCAAGGCCGGGUGCAUGAGGUGCAAUCGGAGACCUUGGCUGAAUUGAGACUUCGCUUGAAAUCGGUGGAAGUGUUCCAGGGAAUCCGCUAUGCCACGCCGCCCGUAGGAUCCAAUCGAUGGCAACCAACUCGAGCUCCAAGUCCAUGGAAAGGUGUCCUUCAAGCUACAAGCCCGGGUCCCGUUUGCCCACAAAAGUUCCCAACCAUUCGAAAUGAAUCCGAGGCCUUGUUACGGAUGUCCAGAGCUCGGAUGAGAUAUCUGCAAUUCUUGGAACCUCACCUUCAGCGUCAAAGCGAAGACUGUCUAUAUCUGAACCUUUUCGCACCCAAGCAAGAUGAAGGUUCAAGCGAGGCACUCGUUCCUGUGAUGAUUUACGUUCACGGAGAAUCGUUUUCCUGGGGAUCCGGAAAUCUUUGGGAUGCCCGAGUUCUCGCUUCAUAUGGCAAUGUCUUGGUGAUAACUUUCAAUUAUCGGAUCGGUGUUCUAGGAUUCCUGAAUACAAAUGGUUCUCCUUUAUCACGAGGCCAAGUCGCCAAUUACGGCAUUAUGGACCAGAUGGCCGUUCUUCAGUGGGUUCAGGAGAAUGUGGCUCGUUUUGGAGGAGAUCCCAAGCAAGUCACCCUCUUUGGCCAUGGUACCGGAGCCGCAUGCAUUGAGUAUUUGGCCCAUUCACCCACUACUGUCCCAGGUCUGUUCCACCGCGUCAUUCUCAUGUCUGGAUCCUUGUUCGCGUCGUGGUCCAGGGUACGAGAUCCACUCAAUUAUGCAGUUCAGUUGGGCAAAAAGUUCAACUGUUCCAUUCCAAUUGACCUGACCAAUGAUCACGAGGAGAUCGUCACGUGUCUGCGCGGGAUUCCAAUGGAACAGCUGAUUCAUGCCAAGUUGCGUGUUCCUUCGUUCCAUUUGGAAUUUGGCCCAAGUUUUGAUGGUGUCACCAUCAAAGACAAUUUCGCUGACAUCAAAGGCAAGAGGAGCUUUGGAACCAGGACGUAUGAAGCCUUGGUGGGUGUGGUGAACCAUGAUUUCUUUGAUGAUCUUUCCGAAGACGAUGUUCAAAACGGGAUCACCAUCGAGCAACGCAACCGGAUGCUUCAGACCUUUGUUCGAAAUCAAUACUCCGCUCAUUUACAAGAGAUUCUUCUCACUCUACAAAAUGAGUACACAGAUUGGGCGGAAACGGUCCAAUCGCCUCACAUGAAUAAGGAUCAGAUUUUGUCGGCCUUCAGCGAUGGAUUGUACGGAGCUCCGGGCAUUUUCAGUGCUGGUACAUUUUUCAGGAAGAGCAAGAACACAUUUUUCUACCAUUUCACUCACCACACCAAAUCCGGACCUUAUGCCACGUCUGGAGAUGGAGCCACUCACGGGUCGGAAUUGCCCUACAUAUUUGGCAUUCCCUUGAAGAAUGUGUGGCCACACAUCAGUCACACCUUCACCAAGUCCGAAGUGAUGCUCUCUAGGGCGACCAUGACAUUUUGGACCAAUUUCGCCAGAUCAGGUGAUCCCAACAUGCCGGCAAAAUUCUUGGACUUCAAAAGUCGUUACCGCACUUUGGUCUGGGACUCGUAUGAUGAACAACGGAAAUACUUGGAGCUCGGGGUUCGUCCGAGAGUCGGUCAUCACUACAGGGGCCACAAGAUGUCCAUAUGGCUCAACCUUAUUCCGCAACUCCACAAGACCGGUCAAAAUGCUAUUUUUCCCGCGCACAACUCGCUCACUUUGGAAGGACCCGCUUGGGGUGUGGUCCGAAACGGAUCCAAUGUCCAGGCCGCGAUUGCUCAUGAUGCCGGGAGUGGCCACCCGAUUAGCACCACGUGCAUGACCUUUGCCGAGUCCCAACAAGUGCUCUACCAGCACAAUGACACGUUGGUCCGAUUGGAAGAGGCUUCCAAAUACGCUUACUCCUACGCCCUUGGCCUUACUGUCGGAUUGGCGGCCAUUCUUUGUCUCCUGAAUGGCAUCCUGUUCAUGUGCAUUUGUUCCCGCAAGAGAGCGAUGGCCGCCAAAAGUAUGUCCGCCCAAAGCCAAUCCAAUACGCCGGUCACCAGCCGUACCGGCUCCUUGGACUUCUUCCAAAAUUCUCAAACCGCCACACCCCAUCACCAAGUGGUGGCGGACAUCUCAGGGAAUGUUCGGUCUAUUCCUGUCCCUCGAAGCAACAUGGGGUCAUCGGCUAGUCUACCGCGCCUGCGAAAUUCGGGUCAGCGCACUAUCCUGGUACAGCCUCAUCAUCACCAUGCUUGCAAUGGGGGCACGAGAGCCAUGUAUCCCAAUGGGAGCUACAUUGCCGCUCCCAGACCUGACCCUGGGCCCCCAGGAGGAUGCUCAUCUGACAUGGAAAGUCCAACCCUGCGCCCAAGUAGUUCCUCUCUGUGUGGCACGCCGGUAGCUUCAAUCCGAUCGGCCACUGUGAAGCCCAGCCGAACCGUCAGGCGGGAACGGGAUUCGAUUGUUGGGGGAGAACGGGGCGAGCUGGAUUCAAUGCGGUUGGAAGAGAUGCCAGCGCCCCCUGCCGAGUUUGAUCAGCCCUCAGUCGAGACCCUAUUGCUACAACAACAAACGUACAGAAUGGAUUAGGGUUGAAAACUAAAUAGUAACUGUAAGAAAGGGGGAAAUGGAAUUUCUCCAGUUUUAGGCUGUGCCUUAAUCGCAUUGGCUGUGAGGAUAUUUAAGAUAAGAACUCGGAUGCAAUAAAACUAUUUGUAGUGAA